AUGUCAAUAAACAGAAAAUCUAAACCUAAUGAUGUAGUGGAGUCUUCAUCGGAUGAUGAAGAAACUAUGUCAACCAUUAAUACUAGACUUACUGAACGCCCUUCAACAUCAGAUUCACAAUGUUCAAUUUGUCUUGACAAAUUAAACAACCCAUGUCAUACAAAUUCAUGUUUGCAUUUAUUCUGUUUUGAAUGUUUACAACAAUGGUCAAAUUUUGCACAGAUUUGCCCAUUAUGUAGGGAAACUUUCAUUUAUAUUUAUCAUUCAUUUGAUGAUCUGGGCCUCCAUGAAACAUAUCAUGUUUCAAUACACAUAUCUAGGUUAUGGGCCAGACCAGAGCUUAAAAUAAAUUUUCUUUUGAAUUUUGACAGUGGAAUCCAGGAAACUGUAGGAACCUUGCAGAGUAUGCCAGGCCAAGAUUUAGCGCUAAAUAUUGAUAAUGACAUAGCUCAAACUCUAUCAAAUCAUAAUGUUUCAGAAACACCAAUAAUUGGUACAGGAAUGAGAACAUAUGUGUAUAUUAACAAUGCGUGGGCUGAUCCAUUACCUGAUUCAACUGGCCGUACUCUAGAUUGUAGCUUAGCUAACUAUAGAGCUGAUCCAUCACAAACAAACGGACUGUAUAUAUUCAUUCUUAGAGAUAUUAUUGCCGUAAGGGAAUAUCUAAGAGUAGGGGGUCAGGCCAUGCCUCUGCCGAACCUAAGAGAUGUAGUUGUGACAAAUUAUAUAAUGCAAUUACUCUUAACUCAUGAAAUAAGACAGUUACAUUUGCUUAACGUCUUAAGGCCUAUCCUGGAUUGGCAUGCAGUACAAUUUUUCCAUGAAUUAUACAAUUUUGCUAGUAGUCCUUAUGACAUUAGAGAAUAUGAUCUCAAUGUUACUUUUACUUUUCGGCUGUAUUAUAGAGAAUUGACAGAACCAUGGCAAAGUGAAAGUACUGUAAUGAAUUCCGAUAACGAAGAAGUUCAAAGGCCAAUGCUAAUUACCAAUGUUAGUUCUAGCACCAAUAAUUCUGAUGUAAUUCAAAGUCACUCCUUCCGUUCUAUCGAACCACUUAUUUCUGCCCCUAUAGACCAACCAUCUUCAUCGACUGGAAAUCAAAACUCGUUAAAUAGCUCAAACAAUAGUUUUCAAUCUGUAGACGGUGGUUCAUUUCCAUAUCAACCUCAUCUAAGAAGAAGACGGAGGCCUAAUCAAAAUUCUUCAUCGGAUGAUGAAGAUUCAAUAAUUGCUACUCGUGGUUCUAAAACUGCUCAUAGAAAAUCUCAGAAUAUUAAUAAAAAAAAAAACAAAAAAAGAAAAUUAAAAAAAAAAAAAAAAAUUAACACCAAUGAUUCAGGGUCUGAAAUGCCCAGUACCAACAGAAAUCGUUCAUAUUCAGAAUCAUCCUCAACGUUGGGAGAAACAGAUACAAAUUAG